AUGGCAUCAAGUAAUCAGUCAUCAGUGGAUGAAUUCAUCUUACAAAGUUUCUCUGAAAAACCUCAGGUUCAAAUAUUUAUCUUCAGCCUUUUCUUAGGACUCUUCAUAGUGGCGUUUAUAGGUAACUCACUAAUUAUCACUGUGAUUAGUCUAAAUUCAGGCCUCCAUACUCCAAUGUACUUUUUCCUUAUAAAUUUGGCCUUGCUGGAUGUUCUCUCCACCACCACUGUGGUGCCUAAGUUGCUGCAGAACCUAAUGACCAAGAACACCAUUUCCUAUAGUGGCUGCAUAGCUCAGAUAUAUUUCCUAACUUGGUGUUUGGGGGCUGAGCUCUUGCUUUUCACAGCCAUGGCCUAUGAUCGGUAUGCAGCCAUCUGCCAGCCCCUCUACUACAGUGCUAUUAUGAGCAAGACAUCUUGCUGUCUCUUAGCAUCUGUGGUUUGGGCUUUCAGUGGGACCAAUACAACAGUAAACAUCAUGAUGACUGUUCACUUGUCCUUUUGCGGACCCAAUGUCAUUGAUCAUUUCUUUUGUGAGAUUCCUCCAUUAUUGCCUCUUUCCUGCUCCUCAACCUACAGCAACAACGUAAUGGUAGUUGUGGCAGAUAUGUUCUUUGCGGUUUUCAAUUUUCUGCUCAUCCUGGUGUCUUAUGGUUUCAUCAUCUCCAGCAUCCUAAAGAUCCGGACAAAGGAAGGGAAGAAGAGAGCAUUUUCCACUUGUUCCUCCCACCUUAUUGUAGUCACUAUGUAUUAUUGCACUAUAAUUUAUAUCUACAUUCUUCCUGUUUUGGGUCAGUCUCUGAAGAAAGGCAAAAUAGCUUCAGUGUUUUAUGUGAUAGUGACCCCAGCCUUGAACCCUGAUCUACUCCCUGAGAAACAAGGAUGUGAAAGUAGCACUCCAGAAAUUAUGGCUAUCUCUUAG